AUGUCGCAAAGACCCAACCAUCUCCCAGUUCCCAAUCCCACGCCAUCAUACUGGCGCAGCCAGCCGGACGAACUCGACAACCAUCAAACUGUCCCGGAGCUCCCUUCCCAGUGCGACAUCCUAAUCGUCGGAGGCGGGUACGUGGGUGUCUCAACCGCAUACCAUUUGCUCAAAGCCAUUUCCUCCUCUUCCUCCUCUCCCAAACCCCGCGUCGUCCUCCUCGAAGCGCGAAACACAUCCUCCGGCGCCACAGGCCGCAACGGAGGCCAUCUCCGGCCCGACCUCACCAGCGCCCCCGCCCAGCUCCUCGAGCGGUACGGUCCCGAAGCCGCAAGCGCCGUGGCGCAGUUCGAAGUGGACCACAUGGACGCCAUCGCCCAGCUCGUCCGCGAGGAGCAGAUCGACUGCGAUUUCACCAUCGAGCCGGCAGGGUUGGAAGUGUUCACCACGAAGGAGCAGCUGGCCGCGGGUAAGAAGCGUUUUGCACAACUCCGAGCGCAUCCUGCGUCGUUUGGGACUCUGUUGGACGGUGUCCGAUUCUACGAGGGGGACGACGCGCCCGCGCACACCGGCGUGAGGGACGCUAAGGGCUAUUUCGUCUCACGGGUCGCUCACCUGUCGCCGUAUAAGUUCACCCUGGCACUGUUAUCCCGGGCACUGGAACUUGGUCUCGUCCUCAAAACACACACCCCAGUACUCUCCAUCGCCAAGCAAGCAACCAAUCCACCUUCUCAACACCAAUACCUCAUCACAACCCCCCACGGCACUCUCACAACCACCCAACUCAUCCUCGCAACCAACGCCUACACCUCCGCCCUCCUCCCCGAAUACUCCGCCGCCAUCAUCCCCUGCCGCGGCCUAGCCUGCCACAUAUCUCCAGCCCCACCAGCUCCAGCCGCAACUCCAAGCUCAGGUCCACCCCAACUCCCCCAGCUCCGCAGCACAAGCCUCUGCCUCCGCGUCGCCACCCCCUCCGGCAUACCGGGGUAUCACUACCUGAUCCAGCGGCCGGACGCGGAACGAUCUAUUGUUGUUGGUGGGGCACAUCACACUUACAAGUUUGCUACGACAAACACAAAUCCCGAAGGGGGGGAUCAGCGUGGGGUGUGGUACAACACAGUCGACGACGCUAGCUUCAUCGAACGUGCUAGGGCGUUUUAUUGUAAUGAGAGCGAGGAUGGGGGGUUUAUGGCGCGAACCUUUGGGCCUUCAUCCUCGUCCGUUUCGACGGAGAAAGGUAUUGUGACAGACUGGGCGACUGUCCAGACACAGGUGGACCACGUCUGGACAGGCAUCAUGGGGUACAGCGCCGACUCACUGCCUCAUAUCGGGGAGGUGCCCGGGCGAGAGGGGGUUUUUGUGUUGGCUGGGUUUCAUGGACAUGGAAUGCCGGUUGGGUAUUUGGCUGCGAAGGGGGUGGUGGAGAUGGUGGUGGGGGGUAAGGUGUAUGAGGAGACGGGGUUGCCGGGCGUAUAUAAGACGACGGGGGAAAGGCUGAAGCCGGUGUGGGAUGAUAUUUUGGGGGAUGGGAAGUAG